UGUAUGGUUGAAUCCAUUUUUUUACAUGGAUACAAUAUAAAUUGGCAGCGGGACAUUAAACUGAAUUUAUUCAUUGGAUCAAAGCAUUUUUAUUAGAUUAAGCAUGAUUUGCACAUGCGCAUUGUUGAGUUGGAGAUCCCGCUCUCUGACCUGAAAAAAAACGUCCGUCACAGAAGAACAUGCACACAAUCUGUCGAGCGGCGGCCGUGACGGUACACUUCAACAGACCAGAAGAAGACACAGAAGAACUACGAGCAACAUUGAUACUGAUCAAUGCCGAGUUCAUGCGUAUCACAACAGUUCCAUUGGAGACAAAGUUCUUGGCGCAGUUGGACAAGCACUCCACCAAACUGUUGGAGGUCAUCAGGAGCAAGGGAGGAGUUGGGAAAGAGAAGAUUACCAGGACCUUGCAGAUUUUAGAUGAGACUGUGGAUAUCACCAUCAGAAGAGAAUGCAUCCUCAAAUCUCUGAUGAUCUACCUCGGCGAACCUGUUGAGCACCUUAUCAAAAAAUACCAGGAAAAUGAGGUUGAAGAACUGGAGCAGACAACCAUGGCAAUCUUUAUCACUGAGAAAGAGGAUCCUCUCCAUCCACCCAAAGACAUUAAAAUUGUCAUCGAAGGAACAGAGGUCCUGAACAAGUUGCCCUCGGUUGCAACAGCUUUUGCCAUGGUCUUUGGGCUUAUAUACACACUGAACCUAAAGUAUCCGAAAAGGCUGCAGUUCACCUUUGAAUUUGUGCAAAAGGUACUAUUGGAGCUUGAUGGAAAAAAGAUGACCCCAAAAGUCUCUAGACUGACCACCCAGCUGUACAGCACAGAGUAGGCAGAGCUGAAUUGCACAGACUUGAUUUUAUUUUCCAUCUGUGGUUACAUUUUUUAAAUGUGGCUACCCAAGUUCGAUGGCUACCAGCCACAAAGGCCGAAGUAGGCUGUGUUCUGAAAUGUUUAGAAAUGACGUUCAAGACUUUGGAUCCUUUUGUAAGAUGUUGCACUUACAAGGCUGCAUUAUCACUGCAGCAUUUACAAAUGUGGCUGCACUAGUUCGAUGGCUACCAGCCUCAAAGGCCGAAGUAGGCCAAGUGUUAUGGACAACUGGAGAGACUGAUUGCAGUGUUUUCAGCGUAUGCACAGAUUUGUACGAAAGAGUUCAGACUUUGGGCUGUGGGCUCAAGAGUUUUGUUUGAGCUAUUACAUAUAAAUUAGUUGUAUUUAAAUGUAGAUCAUACAGCUCUGUAUCAGAAACUCUCAAGUGUCUUAGGAGUUCCACUGUUCACUGUCUUAGGAGCAGUUCCAGGAUUUGUCUCUGGUGUUCAGCUGAAAGAGACUGUUCAUCAUCAUAUACAUUUGAAACGGGUAUACAAUACUGUCAUAACAUUUAAUUGUAUUUUAGGAUGUUUUAUGGUGAAAUGUGUUAUGUCAGGACAAAACUUCCUACUACUAAUGUGAUGUCAUCAAGUGAUGAUUUGAAUUAUGUAAUAAUUCAAGCCCACUUUGUGGGCUCAAAGUAUUUUUGUGUGAAGCAGACUGUUACCCUUCAUAUAUUUGAAACAGAUGACCAAUGUUGUCAGUUUAUU